AUGCUCAAGUCUGAAGCAUGCGAGAUAAAAUCUGAGCGAUCUUCUGCGACUUCAGCACCCUCCGGGGCAGUUAGCACCUUGCCCGGCAGUGCCAAGCUUUCCGUAGGGGAGAGCAACGGGAUUGAAUACGGCACCCACGCGGGGGAGGAUGCAUUUCCUCCGCCGUUUUCAUCUACUUGUAAAGAGGAGAGCCCGUGCGUCUCUGUUCCAGCCUUAGUCUCCGCCCCGACAGUGGACUCGUUGCAUGCGGAGAUCCAGAGUCUCGAGCUUUUAACGCACCUCCGCACAGCUGCCAGGCGCUGGGCUCUUUACCACGACAAUUUCUUCUUCCAUUGGGAUAGACUAUGCUUCGAAUGGAAGGUUAGAAGGAAACGCCAAGCCGCUACGGGGGUUCAGGAAGAUUCCCAGUCCACCCCUUGUGAGCCCGGAGUAGUGAAAAAUCGGGAUAGUCUAGAUCAGCAGGAAGAGAAGCGCGGCGAGAAUUUUCAGGAUUCAGUCGACAUCUUCUGCCAAUGUUUGUCGGUGCUGUUGCAGCAACUGGACGCGCGUAGGCGAUGUCUCGACCCUGCGUAUUUGCCCUUCAAUCGCUAUCUCUCCAUCCCGACGGUGACCCCCUUUUCUCUAUCGCGCACACGCUCGCUUUCCCGCCAAGACUCCUGGAGGACGUUUUCUAUUGAGGCUUUUUCUUCCCCGGAGCUUGACUCUCACUGCAACUCCUCCUUGUCGGGUGCCAUCGGAGGAUGUGGGGGCCAAGGGGGCUUGAAAGGGUCUCCUCGUUCCCAGGAGCACCAGGCCUUUCAAAAUCCCCAGGCAUCGCCUUGGACUUCCGACGCGUUGGGAAGCAGUAAAACCAGUAGUGAGGGGUUUAAGGAGGCGCAUCUAGACAAGAGUCUACCUCAUCCACAUGAUUCCCUGCCUCUUUCGGCGUCUCCAGCUGCGGCCGCCGCUACGAAGGCCUUGCGCGCUGCUGCCUCCGCCUUGUCAAACUCUAGGUGGUGCGCUCCGAACUGUUCGAAGGUCCGUGAUGGCCCCUGCAGCUGCACUUCGUGCGGCGAAGAGGAGGGAAAGGAGGCUCACUGUGGGCUAUCCAGCUCACUCCAGCAGGAAGUAUCAAGGGACCUCUUUCGAGGGCCUUUUUGCGGCAGACCCGCCAGCCGAAGCAAACACGGUGCGGAUGUCACCCCGUUAGAGGGCCUGCAGAGUCGCAUCGUCUGCGGGUGGUGCGACAGGUGCAGCAGCAGCAGCGGAAAACGCAGCAGUCAAAGAACAGUGGGGUUUACGGGAGGGUGCCCGGCAAACCACUUUCUCGCGUCAGGCAGCCUGCUGGGCCCAGUCCUCUUAGACACGGGGGGCCACUCCCGCCCUUCCCACCACACGUUUAUGAACGGCGCCUCUACUCCAGGGAGCUCUCCUGGUGUGGGAGCUCCCGCUGAUGCGGGCCCCGCUGAUGCGGUCACGUUUCAACGUCGGUCUAACGAUGGCUCGAUGCCUUCACAGAAGAAGGAGGAAGAAGCUGAGGCCCUCUUGGUGAGGACUCCUGGAGUUCCUCCUCCAGCUCCAGGUAUUUCUAUGCUGAGGUGCGCUUGCAGGAGGACAGUCACAAAAGAAAACCCGGGACCGCUACGUGUCCCUCAGAUGAACAGCCUCCUCUGUGACCCUGCUUAUUCCGAUGCGGCCCUAGAACCUCCCAUGUCGUUGAAUGAAGUGAGCAUUUCGCCUUAUGACGAAGACCUGGAUACUUCAAAUCCGAGCACCUCAUUGAAGCAUAAAUACGAAGGCCUGUAUAAGCCGAAUGAGCAGCAGCAGUAUCAGCAACAGCAACAGCCUCAUGCUGCGCAUGAGGGAGACACCCGAAAAGCCUGGGAAGGCCGCAAGCUGCUUGCAACAGAACAUGGCGCUCAGAGCCCAAGCUGCUGGCGGGGUACCCCAGGGGUUCCGCGGACAGAGGACCGCAGCUCCCAUGCGGAGGGCUUUUGUGUUGAAGAGGCUACACACGGCAGUGCAAGCGAAGAGGUGCUGCCUUUCCCUCAGCAGCACAGCGCUUCUGGGUUCUCGGGGGUAAGUACAGGCGUUUGCCCAUCCAUCUGCCGUUUUUGUUUGGCAGCUUGCCGAGCUCUCUGGGUGUGCUUCUGUCCGCCAUGUACCGGUGCCCUCGACACUUCCAUGGUGGUCGAUUCUACAGAGGCGGAGCAACUGGCCACCUAUAUCCCCUCUUCUGCCCCCUCCUCUUUGGUUAGGUGCAACGUUGGAGGAGAGGGCGCCGCACCAAAGGCAGUGCGGAAGUCGAGCCAUAUUGUUGUUGAGGACGCGGGGAUGCGUCUGUCCUUUGUAGCCAGAAAGGGAGUGUACUACGACAAGCGGCGCAGACUCUGGAGGGCGAACUGGAAGGAAAAUGGGCGCAUUCACACGAAGGGAUUCUCAGUCCAUGAUUACCUGAGCCAUGAAGCAGCUCGACAAAAGGCAAUAGAGUUUCGAGAGAGGAAGGAACAAGAGAUUGAACUCUACCAGCAAAUUAGGAGCCCGAGAACAUUUACAGACGAGGACUGGAAUUUCAAGCCGCAGACAGGGGAGACGAGGGGACUAGAUGAUAGGUGGUAUGGCGGUGGUGUGGGGCCAGAGCUAAUCAGGGGCCUUGUGACGUUUGCUGCAUCAGUUUUCGAGUCGUGGUGUAAAAGUGCCUUCUUCAGUAACUUUUGGGAUUUAGGAAGGGCCGCUCCCACCCUAAAAGGCUCUACAGAGUUUCCUCAAUAUUCGGCUUCGGUUUUCGGAAGGCGAAGGGAUGUAGCAGCAACAUACGCACAGCAGCACGUUACAUAUGGAGCAGCUGGAACAAAGGCGGUGACAGCAUCAGAAGGAAGUUUCUGGAUUGUCGUUGCUUAUUGUGCGUUGUAUGACGAGUCGUCACUAAGGCCCUCAAUGGCGGCUGCUUAG